GCGCCUUCCCUUGCAGAUGCCCGGCGGCUGCGCCCUCCUGCUCGCCUGGCUGCUGCUGGCCGCGGCCCUUUCGGCCACCCCGGGGCUCGGGUCACCGGUGAAGGAAAAGAGAGGCUGGACCCUGAACAGUGCUGGCUACCUUCUUGGUCCCCAUGCCAUUGACAACCACAGAUCAUUUCACGAGAAGUCUGGCCUCACCGGCAAACGGGAACUCCCACCUGAAGAUGAAGUAAGGCCAGGGGGCUUUGCCAGGCCGCUGUCCGAGAACGCUGCUAUGCGCACGAUAAUCGAGUUUCUGACUUUCUUGCAUCUCAAAGAGGCUGGGGCCCUGGAGUACCUGCCCGACCUGCCGGCCGCGGUCUCCGCAGAGGACGGGGAGCAGCCCUGACGACGCUCCCGGGCGCGUUCCUCUGUGCCGUGUCGCCUAAGGUCAAACUUGACCCCGACGGAAAACCUUGUGCCAACGUAUGUAGAGUGACCAGUCCUGUCCCCUCUGCUCUGAUGCUGUGUCGUUAGGGUUUUGUGGUUAAGACUUUCCCCCCUUUGGUAAUUCUUCUGAGUGGCAAAAUAAAAAAGAGCAAUGGC